AAUAAACACCCAGCUUAAAAGAGAGAUAAAAAAAGACGAAAAGUUAACCGACUUGUUAGAUUGAAAAGUGAGAAUUGCUUGAUUAGUUUCAUAGUGGCAUUAUUGUGAAGUUAUUAUAGGUUGGAUUAGGCGUUCCAACGUAAAAAUGUCGUGCUGUCGAUUCAUCGGAAGUCGAAGAAGGCCCAAAUCAACGGCGGAUGAUCAAGGCUCAAAACAGCCACCCUCCGCCGUCAAACCAAGCAAAGCUGUUAAUUCUAUGCCCCCGCCGCCGCCGACGUACGUCAGUCGGAGCAGCGUUGUUAACAGCAACAAUAGAGACGGGAACAUGGUGAUCUUAGCUGGCGCCGGUGCUGCUGUGGCUGCUACGGCUGCCGCCGUUACGGUGGCGAGCGAACAAGAACAAGCUCGAAACAGGGCCGCCGCCGGAGGUGGUUGUGGUGCCGCGGUUCCAGGCGGUGGUGGUGGUGGGACUAGCCAAGGUUGCUGUUGCGGCGGCGGCGGUUCGCCUGGAGGAGGUGGUGGUUGUGCUUGUGGUGGCGGCUGCGGCGGCGGUUGCGGCGGCGGUUGUGGUGGUUAGAAGUCUAAUUCUUUGUAAAUAAUUAAUUAAUUGUUAAAGACUUAGGAAGUCUCUUUUGUGGAACAAGUCUUCGUCCUUAUCUUUUUAUUCUUCUAAUUUCUUUAUUUGGGCGUUACUUGUUAGGAAAUGUGAGAUGUUUUCUGCUAUUCCUCAAAUGGAUAUAGUUCAGGAUAUUCCUUUUGGAUGAGAUUUCAAUGCUGACGACAUAAGGUUGUAUACUUGGCUAUGCCUCAUUGGCUGUGUUCUUAAUAUAUGCCACUUCAAUUAAUGAUGCUUAA